UAUUCGGCUGGAUGUGUGUUUGUUAAUAGGCAACAGGCGGACGACCAAGACUACGUGGACCCUCCACCUCGAAUGUGCAGCGCAUUGAGUACAGGGUCGGGAAUGCGGCGGAUUUGGUUUCGGCGACGUACCCUGGCGCUGGUGCUGCUUGUAUGCCUGGUGCUGUGCAUGUCCAUCCGUCUGUCCACCAACAACCAGCCGGCAUCCAUAUUAUACCAGAGGUGGUUUGAGAAUCUCCGUCAUUUGUCCGCGAAUAAAACUCGUAUAGAAACUCGACAAAUUGAAAGAGACAUUCAAAAUGGCAAGAGAUUCCCUAAAAUACUCCGCACAGCUAGACAACGAGUUCUUGACGUUAACUGUGCAGCUGUCCUUAUGGGCGAUCUUAAAGAGAUUAAAAGAGGCAGGGCAAUUAUGGACAAAGAUGGGUUCGUGCGUGGUGGCAAUAUAUCAGACAUAUCAUAUAUCAAGCUAACGAAGGACUGUGAUAAGUUCAAAGAAGAUCGUGAUUACAGGAACUAUAUUCUCUCUGCGGAAGAGGAAGAGUUUCCAGUGGCCUACAGCAUACUGCUUUACAAAGAGGUGGAACAAGCAGAACGGCUAAUGCGCGCUCUCUACACGCCGCGGAACGUGUUCUGUCUACACGUGGACAUGGACGCGCCGCCGAAAGUUCACCAGGCCGUCCAGGGCAUAGCUGACUGCUUCCCGAACGUGUUUGUAGUCUCCCGGAAGGAAUACAUGGUAUACGCCGGCUUCACCCGCCUCCAAGCGGAUAUCAACUGUAUGCAAGAUCUCAUACAGAGGAACAGGGAUUGGAAGUAUUUUAUUAACCUCCCUAGUCAGCAGUUCCCGAUUAAAACAAACAAAGAAAUAGUGCAGAUUUUACAAACAUACAACGGUGCUAAUGAUAUAGAAGGCCUUACAGGAAAUAGACGACUAGAGCAUAGAUUCACAUUUAGAUACGUCUAUAAACGAGCUGCAAAGGACCAGAUAAAACCGAAAAUAUAUAAGACAAACUACCAGCGGGUGGAUCCACCGGCGAACGUGACGAUGGUCAAGGGAAGCGCAUACGGCGUGUUUAGCCGGGCAUUCGUGGAAUGGAUGCUCCAGAGUAAGACGGCUCGGGAGCUGCUGGACUGGAUGCGGGACGUGUACAGUCCGGACGAGUAUUACUGGGCCACUCUGCAGUACAACCAGAACCUCGGCACUCCCGGCUCGCACUACUCAGGUAAGCCAGAUAAUAAGCCUUGGUUGGCUGUGCACGCGGCUUGGGGCGGAGUGGACCAGUGCAAAGGCAAGUAUGUGCGAGGCGUGUGCGUGUUUGGGCUCGGGGACCUCGCGGCGCUCGCGCAAAAGCGACACUUGUUCGUAAACAAGUUCUACCUGGAGUACCAGCCGCGUGCGCUCGAGUGCCUAGAGGAAUGGCUGCACAAUCGGACAGCGGAGCCGGCCCACCAACCGCUCAACCUUACAUACUACCGCCAACUACCCUUCAUCAACACUGGCCGCGUAUCCUGAUGUUUCCUGUAUGUGUUUGUUUGGUAUAUAUCAUAUAAUGUGUAUAUACAGCGGUCCCUGUAAGGAGCAUAUGUGAAGCGCCGCUUCCGGUAACAGACUUUUAGUUUGCAAUGUCAAUUGAGGAAAGAACUGAAACGUGUGUUAAUCAGCAGUAAGCGAUAACUACACAUGUUUUGUAGUUCAAUAUGGGGGAGUUAUCUCCCAUGGCACGACCAACGUUUUAAUUAACAUUAAGAAAGGUUUGUUUGUCAUUAUCUCAUCUAUACCCGAGAGCAUUUACACUUGUUGUUAUAUAUGAUCCGUUGAAAUGAUCAUCCCCUGUAAAAUAUCUGUGAAUACUCAAAAUGUUAAGUUUGUCAAUGCCUUUUCGUUUUGUUGUUGCAAAAUAUAGUCUUGUUUUAUUCUGGCCAUAAUAGACGAAAAAUGCUCCACUUUAUGUCCUUUUAAGCAAUUCAUUGUUUUACUUUUUCCAGUUUUCAGAUGUGUUUUUAUUUAAUCGUGUAAAUCGCUUAAUGAUUUUUUUUAAAUGUUUUUGAUAAAUUUGAAUAACAUAAUUAGUUUUACGCAUUACUUUAUACUUUGCCACGCUACUUAUGUUUAUUUACAGAAAAUAAAUUAAGAUAUAGUUUUAAA